UGUAGCCAGCAACUCUUUGACUAUUAGAUGUAAAAACACAGAUGAAUAUUCAGCUCACAGAAUGAACACGUCUUCCAAAGUAACUACAAACAUAACAAUGCAUUACAACAGAACUGUUCAAUAUUUCAUUGCAUCUGGGGGCAUCACCACAAUUCUCUGUAUAUUUAUCGUCUACCAACCACUAACCGAAAGUUUUCUGGAGGAUUCAUCAUGCAUGUGUAACUGUGCAAUUGAUUCGGAGGGAGAUAAGUGGUUUUAUCAGCGAUACAGACCCACCACUCACGUACUGCUCAACAGCAAAAAUAGCGCUCUGGAUUUCAACACCUAUUCAUGGUGGAGGGCUCUACAAGGUGAAUCAACUGUAACCAACUACACAAAAGUGGUGGAGGUGUUGUUUUCUCUCUUCCCAGAUAAAAACCACUUCUCAAAUGCCAGUCCCAGCCGCUGUAGAACCUGUGCUGUAGUGGGCAACUCAGGGAACCUCAUCAGAUCACAUUAUGGUGCUCUCGUAGACUCAAAUGACUUCAUUAUUAGGAUGAAUGAGGGUCCAACAAAGGGUUUUGAGCGGGACGUGGGGUCUAAAACCACUCACCGGAUUAUUUACCCCGAGAGUGCUGUGGACAUGGAUGAUGCUACACACCUUGUGCUAUUGCCCUUCAAGAUUCUGGAUUUGCAGUGGAUCAUCAGUGCCUUCACCACCAAACACAUUGAUAUGACAUAUAUGUAUGUGAGACCCACAGUAAAAGCAGACAUGAACAAGGUGAUGAUUAUUCAUCCUGCAUUUAUGAAAUACGUGUAUGAGAGCUGGUUGGACAAACGUGGUUUCUAUUCGUCUACUGGUUUCAUCUCCAUCAUGUUUGCUCUGCACAUCUGUGAUGAGGUGAAUGUUUUUGGGUUUGGACCUACACGUGACGGAGCCUGGCAUCAUUAUUUUGAUGAUUUAGUUGUUGACUCUAAUGGGGGACCUCACGAUGGAGAAUUUGAGAGGAAACUGAUCGCUGAGCUCCAUCAGAAACAAAGAAUUAUGAUGUAUAAAGGAUUUUAAUGAAACAGAAUGAAAUUCUACAUCCAGAUGACAUUCUAAUAUUUGACAUUUCAUGAUGCUGAUGUGUCACACAUUUCACAAUUUCAUAUGUCCAUUUGUUUAAAAAAUAAAUAAAAAUCAUGUAUUUAUGUAU